UUUGACUAUAAAACCAGCUGCUUACAUUUUUAGACAUUUAAAAAUUGUGCAUUUCAUCAACAUGUCACAUGGAAUUUUUGUGCUUUUCUUUGGUGUCCUUAUUGGAUUGACCUGUGCUGCCAAACUAAAGGAACCCACAACAGAAAAACCACAAUGUGUAGACAAUACUUUGUACGCUAAGCACGUGUGUGAAAAUCAGAAAGAUGGUGAAAAACUUUUAGUUCCUGGCUCCUGCUCCGACUACUAUUUGUGCUCGAAAGGUGUAAGCGAAAAGAAGUCUUGUUCGAAAUUCUUUGAUCCAGCAUCCAAAAAGUGUGUUUCAACAUCAAAAUGUGUUGAGGUCGAUAAUACAGACUGUGAGAUACCAACACCGCCACCAUGCGGUGUAACCCCAUCAACUCCAGCAACUUGUGAAUGCCCAGCGACUCAAGCUCCACCUACAUGUCCGGUUGUAACAUGUAUACCUCCUACAUGUCCGCCACCAGUUAAAUGCCCAGCACCAAAAAAAUGCCCACCGCCUCCAAAGUGUCCCUAAAUACUUACAAAGCGUAAUUUCAUGAUUUCUGGCAGGUUAGAAAAGGGUUAGUUCAUUUUUGAACUAACUAAAGAAGACAAAAUAAAGCAAAACAAAUCAA